UUAUCAAGUAAGCAAUAUCUUAUGCCCUUACCCCACCAAUUUCAUCACUUUCAUUUUGUGUAAUUACCUGCAAUAUACGUUCCUUUGUGCUUGUACGUUUCUAUGUGUUCCACUUUAUGUACCAAAAUUUCCUUAUAACUUCUCAUACUCCAUGGCUGAAAUUCACUUUCAAACUCACUCCCACAGGAGCACCCACUAUUAGCCCCACCAUAAGCAAACCAUGCAUUAAUCCUUCAGAACCUGCUGCAGCUGGUUUCAAUUUAAUGGUUCUUAUAGCAGCCAUUGUUUGUGCUUUUGUUUGUGCUCUUGGCCUCAACACAAGGUUACAAUGUGUGUUCCAAUGUGCUAACCGUGUCCUUACACAGCCUCAGCAAUGGAUUGUUUCUCGCAGGCUCAAUUCUGGCCUCAAGAAGAAAGAAAUGGUAGCUUUGCCAACCUCAACUUACAACCAUUCUGGUUCUACUCCAUCUUCAGCUUCUAUUUGUGUCAUUUGCUUAGUAGAUUUCUCUGAUGGUGACAAGUUAAGGUUCCUCCCAAGUUGCAAUCACCGUUUCCAUGUUGCUUGCAUUGAUAAGUGGUUGCUUUCUCAUUCUUCUUGCCCCACUUGCAGGAACCACCUCAAGUCCAAUGAUUCAUUACACUCUUUAGAUAUUGUCAUAUCAUAG